GGACUGGAAUAUGCGGAACCAAUGUUCGUCUGCCAGUACAAACCGGACCAUACCUAACUGGUGCACAGCCAGUUCCUCACGCUGUUGGAUGUUAUGCAUGUUUGAGAUUGUAGUAAAAAUCCAAUUUACUGCUUUGUUUUGACUUCUAAGAAGAUUUUAUUUGCCAUAAAUUAGUUUUAAAUACGUCAGUUAGCUAGUCUCCGUUUACGUCAACCGCCCUUACGUUAGCUGGUAGCUUGUUAGCAGCUGCUCGAGAAAAGCUACAGGAGCUGUUUAUUUUGGCAACCAUACCAGUAACGGGGGUUUGGAGAAAGCCUGUGAAGGUGUGAUGGAAAAAGCAGCAGAGGAAACUGAUGGAAAGAAGACGGAUGUAGCAGUGAAGGGUCAAGCUGCCCUCAAACCACAAUUCCUCACAACCAAAGACAAAUUUCAUGGGUUUGUAGACUCUGAGUGGCAGGGCUCAAAAGGAGAAAAGGCCAGCGAUGAUGACAAAGCUGAGGAGACAAAGGAGGAGGCCUCUGCUGAGGAACCUGAAACAAAAAAGGUCAAACUAGACCCAGAGGAGGGACAUAAAGGCGGCAAACGUAUGCGGGGACAGAAUAAGUCAAGGCCGCACACAAAGCCGACCGCCUAUGACGAGAAACGACUGUGUCAGUCAGUCAUUCAAAACAGGGAAUGCCAUUUCGGAGACAAAUGCCACUUUCACCACAGCGUCGCGGAUUACCUGUCCACUAAGCCCCCUGACAUCGGAGAGAGCUGCUACCUCUAUGACACCUUUGGAAAGUGUACUUAUGGUCUCUGCUGCCGCUUCGCCAAGGCGCACACUACGCCCGACUUCAAAACCAUGGAGAACGCAGAACUAAUUAAAGCCAACGAGGGCAGAACUGCAGUGAGGAACAAUCUGAGUAAAGACCUCCAGAACCGUCUGAGGAAGCGUUCAGUGGCCUUCAAGAAGUCAGCAGAGUACCUCAAAACACUCUCAAACAACAAAGACAAAAGGGACCAGCAAGGGAAUGGUAAUGUCCGUGCAGCUGAAGUAUCUGCAGAUGCAGCAGAAAACGAGCAGCCUGCAUCGACUGAAGCUGAAAAACAGGCCAGCCCAGAAAAACAGGCUCCAGUGAAGACUGUUGGCCCCCUCACCGAUGUAGAUGUCAUCAAGUUACGCCAGUGUGAGAAGAAACAGGUGGACUUUAACGACAAGCUCUACCUUGCUCCUCUGACAACUUGUGGAAAUCUGCCUUUCCGUCGUGUGUGUAAGCGCUUUGGAGCAGACAUCACCUGUGGGGAAAUGGCCAUGUGCACAAACCUGCUGCAGGGGCAGCAGUCGGAGUGGGCUCUGCUGAAACGCCACGAAAGUGAAGAUGUUUUUGGCGUACAGGUGGAGGGCUGCUUCCCCGACACCAUGACGAGGUGUGCCGAGCUCAUCAACAACAACACUGAUGUUGACUUUGUGGACAUUAACUCCGGAUGCCCCAUUGACCUUGUCUACAAGAAGGGCGGAGGCUGCGGCUUGAUGACACGCACCAGAAAGUUUGAACAGAUUAUCAAGGGAAUGAACUAUGUCCUUGAUGUCCCUUUAACAGUCAAGAUCCGCACUGGUGUUCAGGAGAAGAGCAACAUAGCUCACAAACUCAUCCCAGAGUUCAAGAAGUGGGAUGUCUCUAUGAUCACAUUGCAUGGCCGCUCCAGGGAGCAGCGCUACACUAAGUUGGCUGACUGGGACUACAUCACCACAUGCUCCAAACUGGCUAGUCCUGUCCCACUGUUUGGUAAUGGAGACAUUCUGUCCUAUGAAGAUGCCAUGAAAGCGAGAGAGACCGGAGUUUCUGGUAUUAUGAUUGCAAGGGGAGCUCUCAUUAAGCCCUGGAUCUUCACUGAGAUAAAGGAGAGCAGACACUGGGACAUCUCGUCCAGCGAGCGACUGGACAUCCUCAGGGAUUUCAGCAACUUCGGUCUGGAGCACUGGGGCUCCGACACUCGAGGUGUGGAGAAGACCCGCACCUUCAUGCUGGAGUGGCUCUCCUUCAUGUGCAGAUAUAUUCCAGUGGGCCUGUUGGAGCGAGUGCCUCAGAAGAUCAACGAGAGACCUCCGUACUACAUGGGCAGGAACUAUUUGGAGACACUGAUGGCGAGUCAAAACGUUGGGGACUGGGUCAGGAUUAGUGAAAUGCUUCUUGGACCUGUACCAAAGAAUUUCAUCUUCCUGCCCAAACAUAAAGCCAAUGCCUACAAGUGAUUUUUUUUUAACAUCCAGGUCAUUUGAUUUGUUUUUAUUUUUUUGGUUUGUUUUUAGAAAAUCCAAUUUAAAGAAAGAGAAUGUAUUGUUUUAAAUGGCUAUUGAGUAGUCUGUUUAUUUGACCUGUGGUGGUGUAGUGGAAUACAUGGAGUGUUUGUGUACUUGAAAUAUAUGCAAUAAAGUCUUUUGCCACACAAA